AUGGCAAAUUCUGUUAGAAGGUUCUGCACCCUUAACAUUGGUGCUUUCAACUUCUUGAUACUCAGUGGCAACAUGCGGCUUCAGGAGGUGGCGGAGGAGUUAGGAUCCUUCCAAUUGCGGGUUGAUCGAACUUUAGAGGAGAUUCAACAAAAGUUCACCGAUCAUCAAAACCAAUUUCAGACCAUUAAUACUCAGAUUCAACAGAUGCAUGCGGUGAUUGUUGGAGGAGAUAUUCGAACGGGGGAGCAUGCACAACCGCGAGUUACUCCAGGAACUUCGAGUAAUGACAACAAUGGAGUAGUGCAUUCCAGGUAUGAUCCGAAUGACCCACGUAACAUCAUGAAAUCCAUCAAGAUCGAACUACCUUCCUUUAUGGGUACAGAUCCUGUUAGUUGGAUUUUUAGAACUGAGAUGUAUUUUGGAUUACAUCAAAUUCCUGAAUCCCUUAAGGUUCGUUUGGCUGGAAUGAAAAUGGAAGGAAUGGCUGGACCAUGGUUUCAAUGGCUUUUUAGUGGUGGUUCCAUUCAAUCGUGGGAGGAAUUGAAGAGUGCUGUGAAGCAUCGAUUUGGAGGCAUAGCUUAUACUGACUUGCGUGGGGUUUUGUCCAAGCUCACUCAAGUGGGAACCCUUAGUGAAUACAUUCGGGACUUUGAAGCUUUGAUCAAUCAAGUAACAGAUUUUUCUGAUGAGGUUUUAAUGUCUUUUUUUGUUUCUGGUUUAUUUCCAGACUUAAAAAGGGGCAUUCAACUUCAUAAACCAACCUCUCUUCACCAAGCAAUGCAGUUAGCUAUGACUUAUGAGGCUCAUUUUGCUGAAUUAAGAGGCUCAUUUUCAUCCUAUAAUAAGAAGUUUACUCCCAAACCUAUAUCUAUCGUGGAGCAGUGCAAUGCUACUAUUCCUCAGGUGAAGCCAAUGGUAUCCACUUUACCAGCCUUGCCUUCUAAUGUGCCUGUUAAGAAAGUGUCACAAGAAUAUUUACAAAAAAGAAGGGAUAUGGGACUUUGCUACACAUGUGAUGAGAAAUGGAAUUCUAAACAUCGUUGCAAGGCUAGGAUGAUGAUGUUGGUGGGAGAUUUUGAUGAGGCUGAAACAGAAUUGGAGGAACAGAUUGUCUGGCAACCUGACCAAGGUCCACAAGAGAUUCUGGAUGCAGCCCUCCAUUCCAUGGGCAGUGAUUUGAAUCCCAGGGCUUUGCAAUUCCACAUUUCUAUUGGCUCAAGGUUAGUCACCAUCCUUAUUGAUUCAGGCAGUACGCAUAAUUUUGUGCAAAAGAAUAUUGCUGAGGAAUUAGGCUUGCCAAUGAUCAAGGUUCCUAGGAUGCGGGUUUUUUUGGGCAAUGGAGAAUUUCUAACUUGUGAGAGGAAGUGUCCAUCUAUUUCUCUUAAUAUACAGGGACAGGUAUUUGUAGUUGAUUUGUGGGUAAUUGAGCUAACCCAAUUGGGAAUUGUAUUGGGAAUUUGUUGGCUGAGUUCCUUGGGCAGGGUGAUCCAUGAUUAUAGUGAGAUGUCCAUGGAAUUUGUUUGGAAUCACAAACGAAUCAUAUUAGUGGGAGAAAACAAGAAUGAGGAUUCCAAGAGUCGGGAGGGGAUAUGUAAUGCAUUAACAGCAGCUGUUGUUUCCGCUGAUUCCUCAGCACAUCAAUUGCCUGAGCUUCUUUUACUACAGGAUCAAGUACCCUCUGCUGUUUGGCACGUUUUGAUGCAAUACCAAUCUGUAUUCCAAUUGCCACAGGGCCUCCCUCCUUCAAGAGCUUGUGAUCAUGCAAUUCACCUUGUUGAAGGAGCAAAACUGUUAGUGUGA